UUUAAUGUGGAUUUUUGUGGGGUUAUAUGGAUCUUUAACAUGAUCAAUAUGAUAGAUUUGGCCAUUAAAUUUUUGUUGGAAAUUAUGAGCAAUUAGGAAGGCAUUAUUAUGGCUAACACAUGUGUAGAACAUGAUAACUUCUAUGAUGCCCUUGAGGAAAUAUCUUCAGAAUCUGACAGUGAAUCAGAUGGUUCUGAGGUCUGUACUUCUGAACUUCAACAUUAUGAUUUCUGGAAUAAAAACCCGAAAAGUAUAGAUGAACGACGAGAUGAUUUCAUAAGAAAGACAGGUUUUGUUUUAGAUCGGUGCCACACUGCUAGAGAAGGACCUGAUGAUACUACUUGUAUGAUCACUGAAAAGAGUAAUGACAGCACAACAGGAAAGGAUUUAGCAGGUAAAAAGAAUGAGGAAGCUGCAAUUGAUGAAGAAGAUGAUGAUGGUUUAUUAUGGAGAAUUAAGUGCUUGAAUGAUGAGGUUGAUGAUGAAGAAAUUCCAAAAGAGGUUGCUUUGAAUUCUUGUGUUACAGUUGAUGAGUUUCAAGAAAAGUUUGGAUCAUCUGAUCUAGUUCAGCGUUUCAUAACAAGAGAAUCAGAAGAAGAAAUGGAUAUGGUGGGUAAGAGAAAACAGCAGUUUAAAGAAGGUAAUUGGUUAAAGAGAUUCAGCUUCAAAGCUGCAAAUAUGUUUAACAAAGAUAAAGAGAACAAAGAAGUGUUCACCAACUGCAAAGUUUCCGGGUCUAAAAACCCGAGAAUUCGUGUUCGUUCUCAUAAGAAAUGGUCUAAGGAGUUGUCUUCCUUAUAUAAUAAACAAGAAUUUUCUGCUCAUAAAGGCUCAAUUCUAUCUAUGAAGUUUAGUAUUGAUGGGCAGCAUCUUGCUACUGGUGGUGAAGAUGGAGUUUUGAAUGUAUGGAAGGUAGUUGAGGAUGAGAGAAUUACUGAUUUUGACCUUUUGAGAUUCAGUGCUGUAUCUGCAGGUAUGAAUUUUUCUGUGAAUGGUAUUCCAAAUUUGGCUUGCUUUCUCAAGUUUAAAGAUCAAGGAAAUGUGAUGAAUAAGCUGAAGAAAUCAUCUGAUCAAUCAGCUGCAAAUGAUAUUAUGAUUCCUCGUAAAGUGUUUCGGAUUCUAGAGAAGCCUUUGCAUGAGUUCCAUGGACAUGAGGGUGAGAUCUUGGAUAUCUCAUGGUCUAAAAAUGGGCAUUUGCUUUCUUCUUCAGUUGAUAAGACAGUGCGAUUGUGGGAAGUAGGAUGUAGCCAAUGUCUAAGAGUUUUUCCUCACAAUGAUUUUGUAACUUGUGGACAGUUCAAUCCCAUGGAUGAUAACUACUUCAUCAGUGGUUCUAUAGAUGGAAUAGUCCGCGUUUGGGAUGUUCUAAGAUGUCAAGUGAUUGACUGGAUUGAUGUCAAGGAAAUCGUCACUGCUAUUUGCUACCGGCCUGAUGGAAAGGGUGGUAUUGUUGGCUCAAUGGUUGGAAACUGCUCAUUUUUUGAAAUCUCAGAUGAUUUUCUGCGUCACGUUUCUGUUAUAUACUUGCAAUACAAGAAGACAUUAGCUUGCAAGAGAAUAACUGGUUUUCAGUUUUCACCGAUUAACCCAAGUGAAGUAGUAGUUAGCUCGGCCGACUCCCUAGUUCGAAUACUUAAGGGAGCUGAUAUCAUCUGCAAACUUAGAGGUUCUCUCCCACUGAUUGAUCGAGGAAGCCAAGUAUUCGCAUCUUAUACAGCUGAUGGAAAGCACAUAAUCUCAGCAACUGAUGAUUCAAAUAUAUACAUAUGGAAUCAUCCUAACAAGGGAAGAAUUUCCAACAACAAACCGAAAAACAUAUGGUCUUCUGAAAGUUUUAUAUCAGACAAUGCAUUGAUCGCGGUACCUUGGCAUGGUAUUCGGACAUCCACCUCAGAACUGCCACCAUUGACACCAAAACAAACUACUAAUACCAACCAUGAUCAUGUGUCGCCAUCUACGAUAAGAUCACAGGAAGAUGCGGCAUUACGAAACUUACGAGCAGCACUUGUUUCACCAGCUGUUGGAGACAUUGAUUACGGGUUCUUGAGGAAUGUAUGCGAAAGCAUUUUGAGUGGUUCUCAUAUGUGGGGGCUUGUGAUAGUAACAGGAGGAAAGGAUGGACAAAUUAGAACAUAUCAUAAUUACGGAUUGCCUGUUCGAUAUCCAGGGAAAUCCCUUAGAUCUUCAUUUUCUAAUAUUAGAAACCGUUGUAGAGAGAAUUGCCGUAGCUUAGGAAGUUCAACCAGUUUUGGUCGAUAGUUUAGACUUCGCAUGGUAGGCUUAAGUAUCAAAAACUUACCUUGUAGAUAUUUUUGAUUCCUAAAUUGUAUAGUCUAAGAUUUACUUUCUUGGUUUUGUUUGGCUCUCACAGUUGAAACAGAU